UUUUAGUCUUGAUAAUAAUUCAGUAUUUGUGGUGUCUAGUAUAUAUCUACAUACUACUCAGUCCUAUCUCUGGUUUCAAGGUUUGAAGAAAGGAUCUAAAAUUUGUUGAAAAAAUGAAUCCUUGUGAUAUUGUUCAAACCUGGGUUGGAGAGAAGAGUCUUGGCAGAACCAUUGAUCUCAGGAGUGAUACUGUAACUAAACCUGGAGAAAAGAUGAGAACUGCUAUCUUUAAUGCUCCGGUAGGGGAUGAUGUAUUUAGAGAUGAUCCAACCGUUCUUCUUCUAGAGAGUAAGAUUGCUGAGAUGUCGUGUAAGGAGGCCGGAUUGUUUGUACCGAGUGGAACUAUGGGAAACCUUAUAUCCGUCCUAACCCAUUGUUCACAGCGUGGAGCUGAGAUACUACUUGGAGAUAAAUCCCAUAUUCAUUUAUAUGAACAGGGCGGAGUAGCGCAGCUAGGAGGUGUUCAUCCUCGAACUGUAAAAAAUCUUCAAAAUGGAACUUUUAGUUUAGAAGAACUGGAAAGCAAGAUCAGAUCAGAUGACCCCCAUCAUCCAAUUACUAGCCUUGUUGCAAUAGAAAACUCACACAACAAGUGUGGAGGGACAGCCUUACCUUUAAACUGGAUUUCAGACCUUAGUUCAGUGUGCAGAAAGAAUAACCUUCCUCUGCACUGUGACGGAGCCCGGAUAUUUAACAGUUGUAUAUCUCAAGGGGAGGAGCUAUCAACCUUACUCCAGGGGGUAGAUACAGCAUCAAUUUGUCUUAGUAAGGGAUUAGGAAGCCCUGUUGGGUCCCUACUGGUUGGUAACAAGGAGUUUAUCAGAAAAGCUAUCAGGGCGCGGAAAGCUUUAGGAGGUGGGAUGAGACAAGCUGGAAUACUUGCAGCUGCUGGACUUUAUUCUUUAGAGAAUAUGGUGGACAGACUUAAGGAGGAUCAUGAUCAUGCUAAACAACUAGCUGAAGCUAUCAACCAAGCUGGAAACAGCAGGUUCCAUGUUGAUUUGAAGACAGUGGAGACAAAUAUUGUUAUUAUGUGGGUUGACCCUCUUGUAGCUACAGCUGACCAGGUGGUUCAGAGACUAGAAGAAGGAGAUAUAAAAGUCAGAACAAUUGAUUUUGGAGUAGAUCAGGUUCGGUUUGUUUUCCACUGCAUGAUUCAGGAGGAGGACGCAGAGUUAGUUAUUCUCAAGGUUAUCCAAGUUAUCCAGCAAUACCUAGAGUAGAACCUGGAGUAGUUUCUGGUGCAGCACCUAGGGUAGUACCUGGAGCAGUACCUAGAGUAUAAGAAUAGUAUUUUGAGUAGAACUCUAACACAGUGAAAACUAGAAAACUGUGGAAAAGGAAGACUAAAUUAUAGCAAUACUUCCAGAAGCGAAGCAAGUUUCGAUAUGUCUUCUAUUACAACUACUUUUUGUGAAUUUGAUGUUGUUACAAAGUAAAUAGUCUACUGCAGGCGUUUGCAAGCGACAAGAUUUUUCCUGGUUUUGAAUAUUGGUGCACAAAUUUGUACAGUUGUCUGGUCGGAUCUCUGUGCCUACUAGUAACUUAUUAAAUCACAAUGGUCUAUUAACAUAAUACAAUGUCUGUUUUUCAUGUUCACUGGACUAUUGAAAGUUAUAAUAACUUCAGUCUAUAAGUCGUCUGCAGAUUCCAGAGUUUUUUGGUUUUCACUGUAUGAUUAUUAUUCGCGAUAAGAUUUAAUUUUACUUCUU